CAGCAGCAGACAGACCAGACCUGGAAUCAAUCGCAAGAGGAAGAAGACGGACGGGACUGACUGAUAAGAACCUCAGGACGCCCCUUGGGCUGCAAUCUUCCUGUCGACAUCGAAGACAACCGCUACUUUUGUGAAAGUGUAAUAUUGGAUUCCCCCAAACUUCCAACGUAUUUUUAUGUGACUGUGUCCUUGGUCGCUUGUUCAUCCUUUUUUUCCACUUCAACAACUCCGCUUGACGAUCGAUAGCUCCCAGAACUUCAUCCCUAACAAGGGGAACUUUGCGAGCAUUGUAUUCAUUUGACCAGAAGCUUAAAGUCAUCGUACUUAAGUUUCGCUCUAGCCAUAAACCCACGAACAAAAAGCCUCGUCAACCUCAAGAAAUCCGCAGCUGCCGCCACCGAAAACCCAAGCCCGACGAUUGUGACAAAUAUACCUUGACGAAUCUGACAUAUCCGUGUUGUGUCAAUCCCGGGAGGCGUGAUCUCUGUACUGAUAAUGCUUGGAAACUGAAAAGCUUUCUCCUAACUCGUUGCGGGCUGUGUUGGCUUGAUCUUGCAACAUGAAGUCGGUUUUGGAAAAGCGCCUCCUUAGGCGUGAGCUUGGGGACUAUACGCCCUACUCGAGUAUCUCGGGAAUCUAUGGAGAUAAAAUUUGGAUAGAUGAUAUGGAUAUUGUGAAUGAACUGGGUGGUCAUACUGGUUGCGUUAAUGCCUUAAGUUGGUCUACUUCCGGGAAACUCCUGGCCUCUGGCUCCGACGAUCAGCACUUGAAUAUUUACUCCUAUCAGCCUGAUUCAUCCACCGCACCCUUCUUCCUCAAUACUACCAUACAAACUGGACAUUCCGCGAACAUUUUUUCUGUAAAAUUUAUGCCACACUCCAAUGAUCGGACACUUGUCUCGUGUGCAGGCGAUUCGGAAGUUCGUGUUUUUGACAUUGAGCACUCGGGUCGAACAUCUGCGGCAUCGGAAUUUGCCUCCCCCCCUAGAGGCCGUCGGUUCAAUAACUUUUUUAAUGGGAUGUGGUACCUCACAGAGGCGAACACGAAUGCUCGUGUCUAUAGAUCCCAUGCUGACCGAGUGAAACGUAUCGUCACCGAGUCCUCGCCCUAUCUGUUCCUCACUUGCUCUGAAGACGGUGAAGUUCGACAGUGGGAUCUACGGCAGCCGUCUUCUGCAUAUCCUUCGCCUCGUGGCGGCCAAGGCUUUAUGGCUUAUAGGCCGGGCCUUAACCAUGACGAUUCCAAUGUUCCCCCCCCGUUAAUAUCAUACAAGCGGUAUCACAUCGACUUGAACAGUAUAUCCUGUUCUUCGAGCCAGCCUCAAUAUAUAGCCCUCGGAGGAGCCCAUUUACACUGCUUCCUUCAUGACAGGCGAAUGCUGGGGCGUGACUUCCUUGCUGAACGAGGCCAGAUGGGAAGUCUAUCGCCUGUACCUGGGAGUUCUGAUGACGACGCGAUGGGUCAGGCAACCAGAUGUGUCCGACGGUUCGCCCCAAACGGUCAGAAACGAGUCAGAGCUAGAGAUAACGGUCAUAUCACAGCAUGCAAGAUAAGCGAUGCCAAUCCUAAUGAAAUAGUGGUCAGCUGGUCCGGGGAUCACAUCUAUAGCUUCGAUAUUAUGCGCAGCCCUGAUGCUAGGGAUGCCAAGAAGCCUGAGGAGCCGACCAUUCAAGAUGGCACUCGUACUAACAAGACAAAGAAGGGUAGGACCCGAAAGCGGAAGCGAGAGAAUGCCAACCCCGCAUCCAGGGCGAGUAGUAAUAGAUAUAACCUACGGCGAAGGUCUGGCAGUAUCCAAGAAGAUGAAGAUAUGUCCUUCAGAGUCCGAUAUGGCAAUGGCCGGUCAGAGGAUAUUCCACUCGAUUCCCUCCCAGGUGGUAUACCUGACGCCCCUUCCGAUCUGAUAGAAAGAGCACGGGAGUCAGUCCUCAACGAGGCCCAAAAAUUAAGCUUAAAAAUCGCAAAGACUCUCGUUGAAAUCCGAAAGCUCCUCUUUUCGGUUGAUUCAUCCAUAAGAGUGGCUGCUGAGUCCGAAUUGACACCAUACACGGCCUCCUUUAUUUCUACCUUAGGACAUGCUGCGACAUGCCUAUCUGAAAUGGACGAAGUCAUCAGAACAUGGAGAUAUCCUCUCAACCCAUCCCAUGAUGAUGUUAUAUUCCAGCAGGCACUGCGGAGGAACCGUGAAACCUCCCGGCGCUUUGUACAAGCGUCGGGUACGCUAGCCAGAGUACUCGGAGGUCGGCUUCAAACACCUUCGGAUUCGGAUAGUCCUCAGCUGGAAUUAUUCCGCCAAAUUGUACCCGCCCCAACGGAAAACGGAAUGAUAGAUCCUUCCUCCCAAUUUGGAUACGAUUUCCUAAAAGCCAUUCUCCUCUGGCUCGAGGGCGGACGACAGGCUAUGUUGCAGGGUUUCAAAUGGAAUCGUGCCCGUCGCCAUGAUAGUGACAGAUUCCCCAUACCUGAAGACGCUGGCGACGAUUCUAUCGAAACUAUAUUAAUUCCAUACCUCCGAAAUCUGGCAGGUGAUGAUGCCAUCAAAAAUGUGGAUGCGUCGAGAUUUGAGCACGAUUCAUCUCGCGUCUUGUUCGGCUCACAACUAGCUGCUGUUAACGCAUUUGCGGAAUCUGUUAAAUUGUCUCUAGUCGACCUUUCUGGAAGCGCUGCUGCUUCUAUGGAAGAAGAGGAUGGUGAGGGAAGUGAGGGACGGCCGAAUUUACAAGCUUUGGACCGCCGUGCGUCCUUUAGAUUCUGGGGCCUUAAGGUGGGCAGAGGAAUACUUAUGGAUGUGGGCGAGGGUGUCAACUUUGAAUUUGUUAACCGUGCCUUUGGUGGUAUUCGAACUACUGUGGAGGAGGAGGAUGAAGAUGACGAUCAAAGGGAAAGAAUACAGGAGGACAUCGAUCCUGACGAGGAAGAGGAGCAGAUCGAGGAGGUUAGACUAGUAACUUCUACGCAUCGAGAGAGUAGCAGGGAGCAGCGGGAAGCGGAAACUGCUAUGAGUGACCAACCUCCACGUGGCCAAGAGUCACCAGUAGCCGGCUCGCUGGAACAACACCAGACAGAUGAUGAUUCCAAUGAGGAAGAUGACUCCGGAACAGAUGAUGAGGGUUCGGACGACGCUCAUGAUUACCUCUCAGAUUCAGAUGACGACGGCCACGCUCUCGACUCUGAUGAUAGUGGCGAGUUUGGCGGGUCCGCUGGCCGUUUGUUUAUCCGGGGUGGCAAUCGACGGAAUGCCGUUGAAAGUAACGUCCCCUGUUCAUCGCAUGUAAAUGUUUAUCGGGGACAUUGCAAUGUCAAAACGAUCAAAGAUGUGAAUUAUUUUGGAUUGGACGACGAAUAUGUAGUCAGUGGCAGUGAUUCCGGGCAUGUAUUUAUCUGGGACCGGAAGACCUCGGAUUUGGUUAAUAUUUUGGAGGGAGAUAGUGAUGUUGUCAACGUGGUUCAAGGCCACCCGUACGAACCAACCCUCGCGGUCUCUGGGAUCGAUCGAACCAUCAAGAUAUUUUCUCCGGACAUUCGAGCUCAGCACAAUGCCCGCCUAGGGAUUAACAUUGCGGACCCGGACGCGAGCGCCAAUAUCGUUUCUGAAAAUCACCUCGGAGGAAACCAAACUGACCGUCGAGACAUUGGGCUCAAAAGUCGAAAGUGCAUGCACGACAGCUACCAGAUAAUGAGUCAAAAUGACAUCAACCGGCAAGGGGGGAUGAACGAAGCUUUCAUCACGAGAGGUAUGCUAGCGCGCCUGGCAGCCACGCUGAGAGAAAGACACGUUGUCCGAGGCACCAUAGAAGCAAGCACAGAAGGGGGCGAAGGGGGUACCAUCAUCUUGGAUGAGAAUUGCAAUGUUAUGUGAAUCCGUUUCGUCAUGUCGCUGUCUAUUCCUUUCAGCAUGGAAGCCAGGGGGAGUCGAUGCCUUCACUUAUUUGAUUACUGCAAAUUUCGCACCGCGAUAUCUGUAUACCUUUCAAUGCUCAUAUAAUUACGAAAAUCACGACACUUAAAAGUUCUUUCGUCUCGGUUACUAAAAUCAGCCAGCAAGGAUAGUAUGUUGAUGCUGUGUGGAACAAGAAAUGAGUGGAGAGAAGUAAGGAGGAAUUAAAAUACUACAAACCUCAGAUAUUUAACAUGCUUAUUCUUAUAUUUAACCUAUAGUCUAAAUACUACUAAGCUGUUUUUAUGAACGUGUCAAAUAAACCUUAGAAUAUUAGAGAGGGCCCUUGAUAAACG